ACGUGAACAAAAAUAUUUGUAAACAAAUCAGUUCUGAACAUUUUGGCUGAGAAAGGAAUUAACAAUAAUAGUAAUUUAUUUAAACACCGUAAUUUUAAUGUAUUAUGCAUUGUAAAGCGUUUAAAUAAUUCAAGACUAUCAGUUCAGGAGCAAUGUCAAAGCGUUGUUGUGCAGCAUCUUGCUAUAAUUCUGUUGCAACUAAUCGAUCAGUUGAGUACUUCGGCUUUCCAAAAAGUACAGAAUUUUCUGCAGCAUGGGCAAAAGCAGCUGGUCGGGAGGAUUUACUAGACAAGAGCAUUAACAACAUCAUCAAGUAUUUCCUCUGUUCAGAACAUUUUUCUAAUGAGUGCUUCCUGGAUCCACCACACAACACAAAACUGAAAAAAACAAUCCGCCCUGUCGUGGUCCCUAUACCGACCAUUUUCCACAAUAAUUUCAAUGAAUGCGUUUCUAAAUCGCUCAAAGAUGACCGGCCCGUCAAUGCCGCCACGCGAGAGGAAGAUAUGAUUGAUUUUUCACUGGGACAAGAACGUGUUUCCGGAAAUCUCAUAAAUGGUGACAGAACAGAUGAUUCUACUGAGAUACAUUUAUCCACAGAAUCGGUCGAAGCACUAAUUCUAACAUCAGAGAACGAUGUGAUAAUCUCCAAUGUAAAUGAAGGUACCAAUGAUCUGGAGGUUUUUGUACCUGGAAUCGGCAGUAGUGAUAAUUUGAAAAUUGGGGAGGAGCACAUGCUGACAAUAAUCGAUCCCGCUACGCCCGAACAAGACCAAAAUGAUGGGGUUUUGGAAGCCGCGGCAUACACAGAGAUCUUUGUUGGUCCCACCAGCUGCCGAUUGUGUCUUUCGACUAAAGAAAACGAACUGCUCAUACCAAUAUUUAGUUAUGGCAGUGAGGCCGCCUAUAUCCUAGAAUCCUUGUUACCUGGGACGUUCCGGCGUAGGCACAUUCGGCGUAAUCUUUAGUUGGUCAUGGAAGUGUCAAUUGUUAGAUAACAUUUCGGGUUGUAAAGUUUCUCAUUUUCUUUGGACAUAUGAAUAUCAUCAUGUUAGCCCAACUACUUGGGUUAUCUCGCAUUGAAACCGGGAAACCGGGCUUAUCUCGCACCUUCCAGGAAAACCCGUUUCUUAUUCAGCCUCUGGUUGACAGCACAAACGCUGUUUGAGCCGUACCUCUUUAAUCAACAGACAUACCUACAGACACUUGUAUUGAGAAAAUACAAAACUGCAACUGUGCCAAACUUACACUCUCACA